CUCAGAGCCAUUGUUGGUUCGGUUCCGGCGCCUCCACUCCAACCCCCGUGGGUCUCUUCUGUAUGCAAUGGAUGGCAUUGUCUUAGACAAAGCAGCUGGUACAAAGCGCGGACCUGAUGAGUUAUCCUCUGCCUGCAUUACUACAGGACCUAACUCAGCUUCCGUAGCAAAUGGAAAUGACAGGAAGAAGUUUAAAGGUGACAGCAAGAAGUUGAAGGUGAGAGGUGAGAGCAAGAAGUUGAAGGUGAAAGGUGAGAGCAAGAAGUUGAAGGUGAAAGGUGACAGCAAGAAGUUGAAGGUGAAAGGUGAGAGUAAGAAGUUGAAGGUGAAAGGUGACAGCAAGAAGUUGAAUGAUGACAAUAAGAAGUUGAAAAUUGACAGCAAGAAGUUGAAGUUGAAAAUUGACAGCAAGAAGUUGAAAUUGAAAGGUGAUAGCAGGAACUUGAAUGGUGACAAGAAGUUUAAAAUUGGCAGUGAGACAUUGAAGUUGAAACUUGACUGCAAGAAGUUGAAAUUUAAAGGUGAUGGCAGUAAGUUGAAAAUUGACGAGAAGUUGAAAUUAAAACUUGAUAGCAAGAAGUUGAAGUUGAAAGGUGAUGGCAGUAAGUUGAAAGGUGACAAGAAGAUGAAAGGCAACAGUAAGAAGUUCAAAGGUGACAACAGAAGUUCAGAUGUUCCCUCCCGAGUGAUCUGCAUUGGAAAGCUCCCUGUGGAUGUCACUGAGGAGGAGGUCAUUUUUCUGGGACUGCCUUUUGGGAAGGUCACCAACCUCCUGAUGAUGAAAUGGAAAAACCAGGCAUUCAUUGAGAUGAACACAGAGGAGGCUGCCAUCACCAUGGUGAACUACUAUACCUCCAAGACACCCAUGCUUCGAGGCCAGCCCAUCUACAUCCAGUUCUCCCACCUCAAGGAACUGAAUACCAGCAGCUCACACAACCAGGCACAGGUCCAGUCAGCCUUGCAGGCUCUGAACUCAGUUCAGUCCAGGAAACUGGCUUCUUCGGCUGGUUCUGUGGGUGCAGGCACUAUAGAUGCAGGUCCUGUGGGUACUAUGAAUGUGGCAGCUGUGGAUGCUGGAGCUGUGAAUGAUGUGGAUGUGGGGGCAGGCCCAGAGGGCUCAGAAGCUGUGAGUCCAGGCUCUCUGGGCACGGGUGCUGUAUGCUCAGGCUCUGAGGAUGUAGGCCCUGUGGGCGCAGCUGCUGUGGAUGCAGGUAUGGAGAUGACUGCCCGGAGCCCAGUGCUCAGGAUUAUCAUAGAGAACCUCUUACACCCCUUCUCCCUGGACAUGCUUCACCAGAUCUUUUCCCAUUUUGGCAAAGUUUUGAAAAUCAUUACUUUCACCCAGAACAACACAUUCCAGGCACUGCUGCAGUAUGCUGAACCGUUGAGCGCCGAGCUUGCAAAGAUGUUUCUGGACCAAUGGAACAUCUUUGGUUGCACAGUUCGCAUCAGCUUUUCCAACUCAUCCAUCCUUAAUGCGAAGUACAACAGCAGCAAGAGCCGAGACUACACCUAUCCUCACCUGCCCUGGUGUGACAGCCAGUCCUCAGAGGACCAGGUCGUAGCCUCAGCCUUCAGUGCUGCUCCGAUAAUGUCAGCCCCUCUGAAAUCAGGAGCUGGUUUCCUGUCUACCCUUUUCAUUCCUCAAACUGCAGGCCACUGUUAUCCCAAUGAGCUCCAGGCCCUGACCCCUGUGGCAAUCGCGUCAGUGUCAGGGGCAGCAGAAGCAGGCCAGAUUGCCACCCCAGGGGCAGCAGCAGCAGAAGCAGGCCAGAUUGCCAUCCCAUCGGUGUCAGGGGGAGCAGAAGCAGGCCAGAUUGCCACCCCAGGGGCAGCAGCAGCAGAAGCAGGCCAGAUUGCCAUCCUAGGCCCAGCACCUGUGGCCAUCCCGUUGGAGUCAACAGCAGCAGGGGCUGCAAAUUGUGUCCUGCUGGUCAGCAACCUCAACCCUAACAGAAUCAAAAUCCAAAGCCUCUUCAUUAUUUUCGGCGUGUAUGGCAAUGUGCAGCGGGCAAAGAUUUUCUUUAAGAAUAAGACACGAGCUCUGGUGCAAAUGGCGGAUGGCAUCCAGGCCCAGCUGGCCAUGAGCCACCUCAACGGGCAUAAGCUGUAUGGAAAGCCUAUGCUCAUCACGGUCACCCCGCACAAAGAUGUGCAUCUGCUCCGUGAGGGCCAGGCAGACCUGGGCCUCACCAAAGACUACAGCAACUCACCCCUGCACCGCUUCAGGAAAGCAUGCUCCAAGAACCUCCAGAACGUUUUCCCACCCUCACAGUACCUGUACCUCUCCCACAUCCCACCCUUCACAUCUGCGCACCACCUCAAGGCCCUCUUCUCCAGCAACGGCAGAAUUGUCAAAAGGAUCAAGUUCUUCAGGAUGCACAGGGGAAUGGCGCUGAUCAAGAUGGGUUCAGUGGAAGAUGCCAUCCAGGCCCUCAUCGACCUGCACUACUACGACCUAGGAGAUAACCACCACCUAUGGGUGACCUUUUCCAAAAUACCUCAUCAUUCCAGAAAAGAGCCGUUUUAAAAGCUGCUGAAAUGACUUUUAAAAUACCAGAGAUUAUUUUUUUAAGAGAAAUCAGUUUACCUGUGUUUUUAAUAUAAUUCACAUUGCUCACCUUGUGGGGAUGGGGUGCCAGCCUCAGGUUUUUGGUGCCAGGUGCACAGGAUACCUCCUCCUCCUCACUGGUGCCCCUUGCCUGUGCCUUCUGCUGCCUGUGCAGUGGGCGUUCCCAAACCUCCACUCUGCCUUUUUGUGCUUUAAAAUGCACUGCUCAGGCAGGGCUUUUUUGGUGGUGUUAAUGCACAGGGGUUUGGGGACUGCCUCCCUCAGGGAUCAUGUACUUCAUAUGGCAAGAGGCUGCCAGCUAUAGGAUGUCUCCACAUUUCAAUCUUCCGUUUCAUAAAGUGUGUCAUUCUCCCCACCCCUGGCUUAGAUGCCCCUCCUGUGAUGAGACACCUGAAGGUGUGUUCAUGGUGCUGCUUUAGCAUGGAGCUUUGUUUCAUCAUAAAUUUCUGAAUUGUCCUUUGAUGCAGUUGCAGACCUCUGCUCCUAGCAAUAUUUCCAGUUGACCAAAUAUUCUAGUGUUCACCUAUAUAUAAAAGAAAUAAGGAAUAACUUUAUAUAGCAAGGUGAUAAAAAUGGUAUGUGUAUAAUCUAAAUUUUCUCCUUAUAUGACCUUUUGUACUGUACCUUUUAUUUUAUUCCUUGGAGUUAAGUUGCAAGGCAGAAUCUAGUUUCCAGCGUAGACACAGUGGGGGUCACUGAGAAGCCUGGGUUCUUUCUAGAAAGCCCCAGACUUGAGACCUCUGGGUACAGAUGCCUUACACCUAAUCUGUCCUCUAGGAGGACAAGGGUUCUUCAUACUUGCAUGAUUUCUUUUUUCAUGCAAAUUUGGACUAAAGUUUUUUUUUUGUUGUUGUUGUUUUUGGUCUGCCUCUUAAGGUGGGACAAUAGCCCUCAAGUCUCAGCUGUGUCUUUUUCCUUGUGAAGUUCUGCAUUCAUGAGUCCUAGGGGCUUCCCUCUGCACAGACCAGACUUCAUGCCGGCUGGACUGGCUUCUCUUUUUAAUGCCUAGAACCCUGAGCUUACAUGUAUGGGUGGCAACAAGGUUAAAAAUAUAAGUUUUUAUACAUGGCAGAAAUGAGGUUCAUCAUGUUUUUUAUAGUGACACAGAUGUGUAUUUUGAUACCAGCUAUUUACAGGGUCAGUAUUGUUAAUGUGGAGGGAAUAUGGCACAUUCCACUGCCUACCUGACGACUUGUAAUGUGGAAAGAACUGAAUUAAAGUUAUUUUAUAACAGCUUUGUCUAUUCCCCAGGCUUUCUGUUCAUGUUGUUGAAGGCAGUUUGGCCAGUCUGUGCUGGACUUUGAAUAAACUCUGUAUUCUGAAGAAAAAAUAAAUUUCGGUGUAUGUGUUUAUCAGUAGUAGAUAUGGGGAGGGAAGCAGUGAUCUUAUUCCUAAGUGUGGAAUUGAGUUAUUUUCAUAAUGAGACUAUGCUGAUUUUUAUAUCUGGGGAGGUAUUUGAG